CACAUGGUACGCUCGCGCUGCCGUUCACCGGCGCAUUUCGGACCACGCGCCCCAUUCGGAUGAACGCCUGAAAACAGCUGAGCGGCGACAGCGCGCGUGCAGGUGCGUCCACUGUGGAGCCAUGAGGCGACCGUCCUUGCUGGCGUUGGUGACCCUUCUGGUUCAGGUGGCGUCCCAGGGAAGUCCGCGGCGCGCGCGCCAGGGAGCCGCUACGACGCCGGCGGACCAGGCGUCGUUGCUGCCGUCGUCGCCGCAGGGUCUGGCGCAGGUCUCCAAGGUUGCCGUGCGCUGCACCAAGAAGGCGAUGGAGGUCCGCGUCGAGUUCGACGCACCAUUCACGGGCGUCGUCUAUUCCAAGGGCCACUUCGAGCAGCCAGAGUGCCGGCACGUGCAGGCGGAUGCGACGCCCGGCAACUCCUUCGAGUUCGUUAUUCGCGCGGACCGCUGCGGUUCGUCCAAGGUCGAGCGCAAGACCAAGGAUGGCGAAUCCUACAUCGAGAACACCAUCGUGGUCCAGAAUGAGCCCAGGAUUCAGGAGUGGUCGGACUCCGCGCGGCGCCUACGCUGCUCGUGGGACACGAACAUCGACCGGACGGUGAGCUCGUCCAUCAGCGUCAACCAGCUGGAGGUGCAGCAAGCGCGCUACGCGGGUUCGUCGGCAGCCGACUCGUACAUGGACGUUCAGCUUGGACGGGGCCCCUUCUCGCCACCGGUCACGGGCCUGGUGCGCAUUGGCGAUACGCUCACGCUGGUAGUGUACACGCUGGGCGCCGAUCUUGACGUGCUCGUCAAGGAUUGUCUGGCACACGACGGCGACCCGCGCCGUGCCGUCCAGCUGACGGACGCGCGAGGCUGCGUCGCCAAACCGAAGCUACUGGGACCUUGGCAAAAGACGCGGAACACGGGCGCCACCGGCGCCAGUACCAUCGCCUUCGCGUACCUCAAGGCGUUCAAGUUUCCCGACAAGGUGGAGGUGUACCUAGAGUGCAACAUCGAGAUGUGUCGCCGCAAGUGCGCGGAGCCAUGCACAAAGUCCAAGCGCAGCAGACGACAGCUGUCCAACGAGUCGUCAUCGACUGUGCAGCACGUGGUGGAGCCGGCGCGCGUGGCUCGCGGCAUUCGCGUCGUGGCGCCAGAAGACCUGGACCCACUGCAGCCGUCUUCCACUGCGCCCGGCUGGCCAUCCCGGGCGCCCUCCACUGGGGACGUCUGCCUCUCGCUACCUGGAUUCGUGACUGCCCUGUCGGCCGUGCUCGCCAUCUUGCUUAGCGCGUGCGUCCUGUCAGCACUCCUCUACCUGCGCGUGCGCCAACUCACCUCGGACCACGCGCCAGGUGGUGGCAAAUCCAAGAGCGUUCCGCCGCCGGAGUUUGUGCGCAAGGUGCGCCGUGUUCCUUAGUGAGCGACUUGCAGACCGAGAUACCAGACAGCGCAGCAUGCGCUCCACCAGCAAGCACGAGCCGCCAUGUGCUGCCCGAUUUGGUCCGCCAAGUCGCCGCAGGAACGUUCCUGAUGCAGGCACAAGCUGAUGUCACUUUUUUUUUUUUUCCUUCUCCGAGAUGGGCAUUUCCGAAGGACUCUGAUGGAGGACCACCGAGCCGCCGACUCUGGACGACCGGUUCAGAAUUAAGCUGAGCAGAGAUCGCACUUCUUCCAUGCGAAGACCGGUUUUUCGCAACGGUGGUGUUUGUGACACGCUGGUUCGUCCACACGACCGUUGUAAUAAAAGCCAAAAAGUGAACAAAGCGUGCAUACGGAAUGAGUUUAUCAAUGCGAGUACAUAUAGUA